CACCCGGCCCCGCUCCCUGCCGAGCUGGCCGCCCGCCCCGGCCUCCGCCUGGGGAUGAAGUGGGAGGCGCUAGAAGCCACUUAGCUACAGCCUGGCGCCCGCCCGAUGCGGCGCUCCAUCGCUGCCCCCGCCACCGAAGCGCCCGCGAGGCACAAUGCAGCACUGAGGCAGCGGCGGCUGCGGCAGCGGCAGCGGCAGCGGCGCGGGCCGGGAAGGGGCGGCGGGGAGCCGGAGCCCGUGGCCGGGACACGAGCAGCUGAGCGCCGCCACCAUGCAGGCAGCGGCGGCCGCGUCCUUCUGGCUGCUCUGCGUCUUAGGGACCUGCCCCCUAGCGCGCUGCGGUCCGGCAGGAGACGCCUCGCUGAGGGAGCUGGAGAGGAGGAACGAAAACCGCUUCCUGGAGCGCCAGAGCAUCGUGCCGCUGCGCCUCAUCUACCGCUCGGGCGGCGAGGACGAAACUUGGCACGACCGGCUCAACACACGGGUGCGGGGCCACCCUGGCGGCCGGCAGUUGACUCAUGUGGACAAGGCAAGCUUCCAGGUGGAUGCCUUUGGAACCUCGUUCAUUCUUGAUGUCCGGCUAAACCAUGAGUUGCUGUCCUCUGGUUAUGUAGAGAGACACAUUGAACGUGGAGGCAAGGUCGUGGAAAACAAAGGAGGAGAACACUGUUACUACCAGGGCCAGAUCCGAGGAAACCCUGGCUCAUUUGUUGCCCUGUCAACAUGCCACGGACUCCAUGGGAUGUUCUUUGAUGGGAACCACACAUAUCUCAUCGAACCAGAAGAAAACGAGACCUCCCACGAGGAGUCUCAGUUUCACUCCGUUUACAAAUCCAGACUGUUUGAAUUUCCCUUGGAUGACCUCCCAACUGAAUUUCAACAAGUAAAUAUUACUCCACCAAAAUUUUUUUUGAAGCCAAGACUAAAGCGGAGUAAGCGGCAGCUUCUUCGAUUUCCCCGUAAUGUAGAGGAGGAAACCAAAUACAUCGAGCUGAUGAUUGUGAAUGAUCAUAUCAUGUUCAAAAAGCAUCGGCUUUCUGUUGUACACACAAAUACCUACGCAAAGUCUGUGGUGAACAUGGCGGAUAUGAUCUAUAAAGACCAACUUAAGACUAGGAUAGUAUUGGUUGCCAUGGAAACCUGGGCUGCUGACAACAAGUUUGCCAUCUCUGAGAACCCGCUGGUCACCCUGCGCGAGUUUAUGAAGUACAGGAGGGAUUUUAUCAAAGAGAAGAGUGACGCGGUUCAUCUUUUCUCGGGAAGUCAAUUUGAGAGUAGCCGGAGCGGCGCAGCUUAUAUUGGUGGGAUUUGCUCGCUGCUGAGAGGAGGAGGCGUGAAUGAAUUUGGAAAAACCGAUUUGAUGGCGGUCACACUCGCUCAGUCGUUAGCACACAAUAUUGGUAUCAUCUCAGACAAGAGAAAAUUAGCAAGCGGUGAGUGUAAAUGUGAGGACACGUGGUCUGGAUGUGUAAUGGGAGACACCGGCUACUAUCUCCCUAAGAAGUUCUCUCCGUGCAGCAUUGAGGAGUAUCAUGACUUCCUGAAUAGUGGUGGUGGCGCCUGCCUCUUCAACAAGCCUUCUAAGCUUCUCGAGCCUCCUGAGUGUGGAAAUGGCUUCAUUGAAACUGGGGAGGAGUGUGACUGUGGCACCGCUGCGGAAUGCGCCCUUGAAGGGGCAGAGUGCUGUAAGAAGUGCACCUUGACCCAGGAUUCUCAAUGCAGUGAUGGUCUCUGUUGUAAAAAGUGCAAGUUUCAGCCUUUGGGGACUGUGUGCCGAGAAGCAGUCAAUGAUUGUGAUAUUCGUGAAAUAUGUUCAGGAAAUUCAAGCCAGUGUGCUCCCAAUGUACACAAAAUGGAUGGAUAUUCCUGUGACAGUACUCAGGGAAUUUGCUUUGGAGGAAGGUGUAAAACCAGAGAUAGACAAUGCAAAUACAUCUGGGGGCAAAAGGUAACGGCAUCAGACAAGUACUGCUAUGAGAAGCUGAACAUCGAGGGGACGGAGAAGGGUAACUGUGGAAAAGACAAGGACACCUGGAUACAGUGCAACAAACGGGAUGUACUUUGUGGUUACCUUUUAUGCACCAAUAUUGGCAAUAUCCCAAGGCUUGGAGAACUCGAUGGUGAAAUCACAUCUACCUUAGUUGUGCAGCAAGGAAGAACAUUAAACUGCAGUGGCGGGCAUGUUAAGCUUGAAGAAGAUGUUGACCUUGGCUACGUGGAGGACGGGACGCCCUGCGGCCCUCAGAUGAUGUGUCUGGAGCAUCGGUGUCUUUCUGUGGCCUCCUUCAACUUCAGCACUUGCUUGAGCAGUAAAGCAGGCACCAUUUGCUCGGGAAACGGGGUUUGCAGCAAUGAGCUCAAGUGCGUGUGCAACAGGCACUGGACAGGUGCCGACUGCAGCACCCACUUUCCUCACAAUGAUGAUGCAAAGACUGGUAUCACCCUGUCUGGCAACGGUGUUGCUGGCACUAAUAUCAUAAUAGGAAUAAUCGCUGGCACCAUUUUAGUGCUGGCCCUCAUAUUAGGAAUAACUGCCUGGGGUUAUAAAAACUAUCGAGAACAGAGACAGUUACCCCAGGGAGAUUAUGUAAAAAAGCCUGGAGAUGGCGACUCUUUUUAUAGCGACAUUCCUCCCGGAGUCAGCACAAACUCAGCAUCUAGUUCUAAGAAGAGGUCUGCCUUUCUGUCGCAUUUUCAGAUCUCCACCUGUUCCAUCACACAUUAUUCCAUUAGUCAGAACAUUUCAUUAUUUUGCAGCAGGUCAAACGGUCUCUCUCAUUCCUGGAGUGAAAGGAUUCCAGACACAAAACAUAUUUCAGACAUCUGUGAAAACGGCAGACCUCGAAGUAACUCCUGGCAAGGUAACCUGGGAGGCAACAAAAAGAAAAUCAGAGGCAAAAGAUUUAGACCUCGAUCUAAUUCGACUGAGUAUUUAAACCCAUGGUUCAAAAGAGACUAUAAUGUAGCUAAGUGGGUAGAAGAUGUGAAUAAAAACACUGAAGGACCCUACUUUAGGACCCUGUCUCCUGCCAAGUCUCCUUCUUCAUCCACUGGGUCUAUUGCCUCCAGCAGAAAAUACCCGUACCCGAUGCCUCCGCUUCCUGAUGAGGACAAGACAGUGAACCGACAGAGUGCCAGGCUAUGGGAGACGUCCAUUUAAGAACGACUGUUUACAUGUGUCACAUCGAAACUGUUUACUUCAACUUUUAUAGGAACCCAGCCACCCAGACUCACUGCAAUCUGUCUGCUCUGCAGAUGCUUUGAAGGCCCUCUGAGAUGCAGAGGAGAGGAAGCCACGGCUCACACCUGGAUGGCAUUUCCUUUUUGUCAUCGGCAUAAGGUUUAGCCAAACAGUAAAGAACUCCUGAAAUGUCACACUAUGACACGGACCCACUUAUGGUCUGGUAUUGGUAUGUUAAUGGAUAAUCUGCAUGACAGAUAUAUGUAGAAUAUCAAUAAAAUGAACUCACAUGACCCAAAUGUCGCAGGUUUUCCUGAGGGACCGAAGUGGAUUCAGAACUGGGCAUUCUGAAACACAUCCUCAUUGCAAGCAGUAAUGCCGUAUGCAUGAAGCUUCUGUUUAUUGUUUUCCAUAGACAAGGAAAAACAUCCCAUAAUAGAACUAGCAUGCAGGGCUGAGGCAUAUAGGACUUUUCUGCAGGUUGCAGGACUGUAACGCUUUGAGAGGCCAAUACCCAUAUGCUAACUUUAAACAUGUAUUUUUAUUUUUUUUUUACUUUUCAUAUUUAUACUAGCAUACAAGGACAACUGUACAUAUGUAAACAUUUUUAAAUUUAAAAAGUAACUGUUACAUAUAAGUGUGUUUUGCCAAAUGCCUAAAAACAGCCAGUCACGACUCUAUCAUUGCCCUUCAUCCUGCUGUGUUCAGAGUGUCAGUGGACGGUGUUGUGAAUAUAGUGGUCACUGCGGUAAACGUGUCUUUCUGUAACCGGCAUUCGUCUAAAGCGUGUGACUUCCCUUUCAAGUGCGUGCAGUCUGGAGGAGGUUUUGUUGAGUAAGCCAUCAAAAUGCUCAGACAAACGUCCGGCCUUUGCAUCUGGCUGAGGGUGGAGUCCAGAUGUGUGGACACGCUGGAGCUGGCAGGUUCUCUCGGAAUCUGCCAGCUUGUCUAUUUCAUGUCGAAGACGCAUGGUUCCUGUCACAGCAGCCGUUCUCGCUCAGUACCAGGGCACAUCAGCUGAUCGUACCUGGACGCCAUGGAGUGCCUCCCCUCCAGAAGGUUCUUGCUGAGACGGAUUGGAUGCACGAAAGACACAGACCACUGAGUGGCUAACUCCCAUCUGGCCAAUACCUGAGGCCUUUCUGGCCUGAAGUUUGGGUUUCUUAACAAAAUCCUUUCAGCCAUUAUUACCCGUGGAAGGAGCGAUCUGUUUUCACAACUAAUGCAUUUCUCAUCACUGGGAUGUAAGUCCCAGCAGGCUGCUCUGGCUGACUUUGAAGAAGAUGGUGGAUAGAAGACUCAACAAGGCAUGUAAAUUUAAAUGAAGUCUAAGGCUACGUAGAUGCAGUAGCUGCAAAGAUAGCCACCAGCCUGCAGGGAGAAGAGCCCUAUACAUUUUGAUCCUUUAAAAAAAUGAGUAUUCUAUGUGAAAUCUUGUCAUUUAAAAUGAGUAGUUAAUAGCUUUUCUAAUGCAAUUUUACCGCUCAAAUUUGAUAGCUCAGUCACACGCUCUGCUCUGGAAUACACUUCUGACCCCACCCCCAUCUUUACUGAUGUAUGUGAGGAUGGGGCUAUCAGACCAGACCUCAGAAAUGUGUUCUGCAUUUGGUUUCUUCCACAAGUGUCCAGGGACACAAUUUGUCUCACCUCCGUGUGGAUAUUCUUAAAUGCCCAAACUGAAGGGCCAGAGUAGAAGGCAGUGGUAUAACUCAGUUCAGGUCUUCUGUAAUGGUCCACUCUUGAGAAACACUUUGAAGAUGUUAGAAAACCAAGUUAAUCAGACAAAAUUAUACAGUAAAAACAGCGAUUAUUGUGACAGGAAAGGAUGGAGUUUGCUGAUGGCUCACUAAGACAGCCUCAGACAAAGGUGUGGAUGAGUUGAGCAAUGUCUCCACUGAGCUUCAGGCCAGGACAGAAGAGCAGGCAGGUGACCGAGGAAAAGAUGUAGCAAAUGAAGUGACUUUUGAACAAGAUCGCUUCAAGUGUGCACUGAGUGCUUUCUGGCAUUGCGUAUAUAGAAGGCUAGUGUAAUAUGAUAUUAGGUUUAUUUUGGCUACAAGAGAAGAGUUUAUACCUUUGAAUGAAGAUGCCUCGUGUAAAUAUGCUUUGUAUUAGAGUUAGUUACGUAAACCCUGGCUUGGGAAUUCACAAGUGGCUAGCUAGUGAGCUGGUUAUCUGUCUCCCCGCCUGUCUUUCCUCAUCAAUAAUUUUUUUCCUGAAGUUAUUAUUGAAAAUUGCAAUCAUUAUCACGUGCCUUUUGGGAAAGACGGCUGCUUUCGUUUGUAAUCCCCAUAUGUAAUGGGAUGAAAAGGAUUUUCUUGACGUGCAGAGUGAUUUUAGGAAUAUAAGAGCUUUAAUGUUUUCAUCAAGGUAUCUGUCUCCCAUGUUUAAGCAUUCUUAGACUUGUUUCUGGAAUUAACACGCUUUCGUGUUGACGACUAGCUUCAAGCAGUAUGUAUCAGUGCACUCGCCAAUAUUGGUGUUGUAGAUCAUUGCAUCCGACUACGUAUGACUUCACUCACUGAGGUAGACAGAGUAGUAGACUCAUGGAACCAAGGACAAGCACAAUGACUAUUCCUUUUGUAAAUGUCUAUUUUGAAGGGGAACUUUGAAGCUCGGUAGUGGUUUGAGUCACACAACUAACAUCCACACUUCCCAGUGUGCCGUGGGGCCAUUACUCCAUGGAUAAGGGCAGUAAUGUGUUCGUUGGCUGCCGUUUCUCUUUCUAGUACUCUUGGCAUCAGUAGGACUGCAGAUAGCCCAAAGGCCCGGGAUGUUCUUGUCCAUUAUCAUAAAGGAACAUUUAACUCUUCCCAGUGUGUGUCCAGGGAAGGCCUGCAGUAUCAGAGAAUCCUUAAAGAACAGACUGGCCAGACCAACACUUCCCAGCUACUUUCCUUAGAUGGGAAGCCUUUCUCCGGCAUCAGCCAGAUAGAAAAUGACCGCAGUACGUGCAGUCUGCAGAAAGGGGGAGAUGGGCGCUCCUUGGUUUUCAGUGUUCUGCAGUACAUCCCAGCCCCUCACUUAGACGCUAAGUGAGGAACAGCACAUCCUUAGGUUCCUUAACAGAAGCAUUGCCUGGGGUUGAGACGCCUUGUGAGUGCUGCAACCUGGGCGCUUUACUUCGUUAUACAGUUUCUUCGUGUUUCACACGGCUUUUAAAAUACUGUUUGCACAGAACAUCAGCCCCAUAUAGAAUUUACGUAUGAAAGAUUGAUGGUGUGUCUCAAAGCAGUCACAGUAACGAGAGAAUUGAAUAUUCUCUGUCUUCCCAGGGUGUGGGUGGGAGGCUGCGCUGGGUUCCAGGACAGAUAGAUGCACAUGGCUUCUUCUGCUGUCCUUACGUAUCUGCAUGAUUUCCUCCUGCCCGUUACCCUCUGCCUCUGGAGUUACUUUGCCUGUUGUCCUUUGCUAGUUUUUCAUGGUUACCUUUGAGCCAGGGAAAGGUUACCAUUUCUCCUCUCUUCCUCCAGGAUUUCAGCCAGGUUUGUUCAUUUAUUCAUUUCACCCGGCCAUUUUCUAUGGUCAUAUAGGUCUAUCUUAACCUUAAAUUUAGACAGUCCUUUAGAUAUGCCCCUGUUUUUCAAUGUAAUAAUUGCCUAUUUAAAGGUAAGAUUAUUUUUAUCUUACUUAAAUGUAAAGGGAAAGAAGGCUGUCUGGCAGUUGCCGUCUGCAGGAGGAGGAGAAUAAAGUUCGGAACCGAUGGGAAUAAGGAGGAAGCAGGGCCCCUGACCCCUGUCUGCACAGCCAGAUGGCACCACUGUCACCUGCACCCUACCUCCUCCCCCGACAAUAUAUAGUCAAGAUGAAUUUUUCAUUCUUAUUCUACUAGCUUUGUAUGAAAAGCUGCCGUUUCUGUGGAAAAGGGCUUCAUUUAGGGCUCAAGUACCCACUUUCCUCCUGCAGGGUAGUCAAGACUACUCUGACUUCAGAUGCAGGGUCUCUUCUCUGGGCACCAGAGAGUUAGGGCCUGGGGUGAACAACUUCUCUUUGCUGUAUUGUAAAGAAUUCAAUCGACAGUUGUGAAAAUUGGCCGAGGCAGCAGCCCAUCUGUCUGUGUGCGCAGCAUGCUGUUAAAUUGUCCCCGCUUGCUGACAGCGUAUGCUCUGUGGGACAGGGCCUUGCAGCUCUCAGAGUUUUCCUACCAUGCCUGCAGGUGCAGAACAAAACUGCCCCAGACUUGGAAAGCAGAAGGUAACACUUCCAUUCCCAUAUCGGUCAUAGUUACGUCAGUCCUCAACAUGUAAGUAGAAAAUCAAAACUUAAGACGCCAGUGGCCAUUGUAUUCCUGCCCUUUAUAGCCAUGGCCUUAGAAAACAGUAUCAUUACUAUGGGUUUUGAUGGCUGCUUCUAGAUCCUUCCUUCUUCUGUAGUUCCCCAUUCAGUAGCUGUGCCGGACUUUUCCUCUCGAUAAGAAACGUCCCCUAGCAUGCAGGCGAACGUUGGGAGAAGCACAGGCAUGCAGCGGAGGGAGGUUAGCUCUCCUCUCCUUUCCACAUGCUGGUUUGACUGAGCACCUUGGAAGGUCACUACGAAAUGGGUCUCAGGGUAUAGAUCUCAGGAAGGGAAUAAGCAACAGGGAGUUUGGGAGAUGCUGGGUCCUUUGUCCCCAGCACGAGACCAUAGUGCACAUCCAUUGAAGCAGGCACAAGAGCUCAAGAUGGCCACUGGCCAUGCUGGCCGUACUGGGCGCCAGCAGCAGACUUAGGUGUUUUGCGGUCUUCUGGAGUGUUGGUUCUCUCUGUAGUCUACUGUCCAGUGCAGUGUCCCGGAUGCACUGGUCAUUGGCCUGCAGCACACUGGGAGGGGCUUUGGAAGUGGUAGGGGUGUUGAUCACAGGCAGCCAUGGAAUCAAAUCCAAACAAAAAUGUAUUUUAUUCUGUUUGAUUUUACAAAAAGGCAUACAGUGAGAUGAAGCACUCUUAUUAAGUUAACGCACACAAGGCCAUCAGGUCUGUUUUUGUGAGCAAAGGUUAGUCUCCCUUAAAUGUAUGCAGAUGCUUGUGUGCAUAUUCUGCAUUCAAUUUACACCAUUUUGGGACAUGAUGCGUUCUGAUGGUUGAGUUUUAAAAUAAUGCAAAUAGCCCAAAUCUUUAAAUAUAGCGGUGCUACGUUUUUAUCAGAUAACACAAUACAGAAAGUGCUGAAAUGAAUCCUGACACUUAGGAGGAACACAGGAGUUCCUGUUAAAUUAUACACUUGUAUCACUGCCUGAUAUGAACCCCACUUUUCCUUUUUAAUCCAGCACAAUGUCAAACUGUGAUUCUGUGGCUCCUCUUUUUAAUGGGUACAAAUAACCCAACACUUUUUUUUUAAUGGAAAAAAAUUUUUUUUAAACACUAACUGUGAAGUGCUUAGUAAAAGGUUCCUUCAGGAUUCAGAGCAUUUUUUUUUUAACUUGUUGGAAGACUUGCCCCUCCAAACUAGCAUUUCCAAAUGACAAUCACCAGAAACGGCUCAUUUCACCUAAUUAAAGCAAUUCAUGCUAGUGGACGUUAGGUCUCUGCCAGGGCUUCCCCCACCACAGCCUCCAAGACAAUAGAUGCCACCCCAUGGGGCGCGCUAACAGCAUCAGUGUGGUUCACUUCACGGAAGUAGGUACUCAAGUGUACAUACUUAGAUUCACAUCAUUUAAGCCUCCUCUCUGCUACUCGGCACACACGUCAGGUUCUUAUGCUAUUUGAAAACUCCUGGGUUUUGGCAAACACCAAAAGAAAUGUAAAUGGUGAUUGCCCUCCCGAGCAAGCGUGGUUUGUUUUAUGGCUGUUCAAGUUAAAAAGUUGUUCUCAUGUUGUAGGUAAACAAAUCUUGCUGUUUUCAAAAGGUCACUGUAACUCGAGAUUUAACUUCCUGGCACAAUUUUAUUAGUGUUCACUUCUGAAGCUAAUAAGAUAUCAGAGUUUUCUAUGUUACUCUCAUUGUGACAUCAGUAAAGUGACUUUCAAUAAAAGCUUUAUGUUAUUUUGAUGCACA